CGCCAACCGCGGAACGCAUUUUGACUCACGCACAGAAGGCACCGCCGCUGCCAACCCUCCUUUUACCACAUAUCACGACACAACGCGCCCUCUCUUCGCACCCUCUCUUCGACGCCCUCUCUUCGACGCCCUCUCUUCGACACCAUCGGCCUCGCACUCCACCGCUUGCGCCGAAAACACUCGAGCGCCUUCGAACCGCCGAUCGCUACGCAUUCAAUACUCGAAUUACUACCGGAGCUGGGCCCCUGCAGCACAAUGGCGGCCGAAAUGGAUUCGUCGGUCGACCCCACGACACUUUACACCAAGCAAGAAUGCAUAGGCGGCGGCAGCUUCGGCAAAGUCUACAAGGGUGUAGACCACAGGACAGGCCGCACAGUCGCGAUCAAGGUCAUCGACGUCGAAAAUGCCGAGGACGAGGUUGACGACAUCAUGGGCGAGAUCAUGAUACUGUCCGAGCUGAACUCGCCAUAUGUGACCAAAUACUACGGGUCAUACCUCCACGGUUCAGACCUCUGGAUAGUGAUGGAGUUCUGCUCGGGCGGAAGCUGCGCCGACCUCAUGAAGCCCGGCCCACUGGCGGAGGUGGAGAUCGCCGUUAUGCUGAAAGAGCUGCUGAUGGGGCUCACGUACUUGCACGAGGAUCACAAGCUGCACCGCGACAUCAAAGCUGCCAACAUCCUCGUCACCGCAAGUGGCCAGGUCAAGCUUGCGGAUUUCGGUGUCUCUGGCCAGCUCUCCGCAACGAUGACGAAGAAGAACACGUUCGUGGGCACUCCCUUCUGGAUGGCGCCCGAGGUGAUUAAGCAGUCUGGCUACGACGGCAAGGCGGACAUCUGGUCUCUCGGCAUCACCGCGCUGGAGCUGGCAAACGGCGAGCCUCCUUACUCCGAUAUCCACCCAAUGAAGGUCCUCUUUCUCAUUCCCAAGAACCCGCCACCUGUGUUGGAAGGCAGCUUCUCGUCUUCUUUCAAGGAGUUUGUUCAGCUCUGCUUGCGUAAGGAUCCGAAGGAGCGUCCAACGGCGAAACAGCUUCUCAAUACGGCGUUCAUCAAGAAAGCCGGCAAGCCCUCUCGCUUACAGGAACUUAUCACAAGAUACCAGGACUGGAAGGUCAGACAUCCAAAGGAGGCUGCUGAAGAUGAUGACGAGGACAUGCCAGUGAGGAGGGAGCCUGUCAACGAAGACCUGUGGGAUUUUGGCACCAUCAGACCCGCUGCCGGUGGCAGGGGUCCAGCACUUGCGCCCUUGAACAACGCUGGCGCAAACGCGCGAAACAUCUCCCCGCAAAGAAAACCGGUACCGCUUCAGCGUAGUGGACACGUUGACGAGAACGACGACACAAUCCGGGCGAGUCCACCACCGUCGCCCACCAAACGUCUAGCCCCCCUCUGGACCGGCGCAUCGCCCACAACAUCACUGAACACGGCUUCUAGAGUACCUCUACCUCCUUCCCCUGAUAAGAAAAAUGCGCCCUGUUUUCCGCCACCCAAACAGGAGCCAUCGCGCACCUCACCCGUACCGAACGUUUUUUCGCCGCCCCAAAAUCGCGGCCUAAUGACUCCAACAACACCUUCGAAACCUCAAGGGCCACGUCGGCAGACUCCACUAGCACACGCCUACGAGGAGUACAUACAGCGAUCGAUCGCCGAGGACAUGACAGGCAUGGACAUCACACCACAACAGCGCAACCCCACGCCUCGAGGUGCCCUUCCGAUGUCGAUUCCUGAGAUACCCCCAUUCCGAGGACCCAACUCGAGGGGAAGCACACCAACGUCGGCGCAAUCGAAACCUCUGCCCAGUCCAGCCCUGCACACCAGCCAACAGCUGCCUUCUCUACAGGCUCAGAAGCCCUUACCACCACUAGUGGGACAACAACCACUACCAGCACUACCGGGCCAGAAACCCCUGCCUUCACCACACCAGCCGUUCGCACCGGCCAGUCCUGCGAAGACAUCACGCCCUGAUUCAGGCUCCUCGAACGAUCCCUUUGGCGGGCCACUGCUUGGAAACUGGGGGCAACAAGCGCCUCCACCACCACCACCACCACCACCACCUCACCAGAAUGGUAGCCAGACACCCCUGAACGGUAGUUUAUCGCCUCCCGCCAAAUCAACCCAGGCUCGCAACUCGUUCGGCCGGAUAAAACCUCAGCCAACAGACUUGGCCUUCCUCAAUCCUCCCUCUACCAGCCAGACAGCGGAAAUCACUGCCCUUACUGGCGUAGUUGUUCCGGCACUCGAAGCGGCUCUGUCUAGGAGAACAUACCAUCUCAACCUUAUGAACAAGCAGGACGCCGCAUCCGCACAAGCCAUGCGAGAUCCCGAUUCGUAUCUCAGGAGGAAGAAGGAGCGACAGGAGUGCCACGACAACGUCAAGAGACUUGUUGGUGAGAUCACAGACAGGUUCCAGCUACUAGAUCAGUGGGAUGAGAAGGGUGAAGUGGGUAUGGGUGGUGAAGUCGCAGGCUUUUUGGAGGGAUUCUUGGAGGAAAUUCUCGUUAGAGUCGAGCCGGCUGAUGAUUAGGAUCGAGCCAGCCAGCCAUGAAGACACGCUUUAUGAUUGAGGGAUACGCAUGGACGGGAUACAUGGUCGCAGGGAUCUGCAUUGCUUUGCUUGGAGUUGGGAUGGGAUUGUAGGGUUUGAUCGGAUUCGGUCACGGUGUUUCGCAUUUA